GUUUUUCAGCCGUGGGCCAAAUGUGCUGCAUCAAGACAGCAGUGCACCACAAGCUGCAUUCUUCUCACCUCUUCAAAAAGUGAUGUUGCCACCAAAUACCUUCCAAGGGAAAGUGGCCUUUAUAACUGGUGGAGGUACUGGGCUUGGCAAAGGGAUGACAACAGCUUUGUCCAGUUUAGGUGCCAAGUGUGUUAUAGCAAGCAGGAAGCUGGAUGUUUUGAAAGGAACAGCAGAUGAAAUUUCUUCUAAAACAGGGAAUAAGGUUCACGCCAUCCAGUGUGAUGUGAGAGAUCCAGCUUCAGUUAAGAAUGCUGUUGCUGAAACAAUCCAGGUGGCAGGACAUCCUGAUGUUGUGAUAAACAAUGCAGCUGGAAACUUUAUUUCCCCUUCUGAACGACUUUCUGCUAAUGCCUGGAAAACAAUAACUGAUAUUGUACUUAAUGGUACUGCUUUUGUAACUCUAGAAGUUGGAAAGGAGCUCAUUAAAGCACAAAAAGGAGCAGCAUUUCUGGCUAUUACAACAAUUUAUGCAGAGAGUGGUUCAGGAUUUGUGUUGCCAAGUGCCUCUGCCAAAGCUGGUGUAGAAGCAAUGAGCAAGUCUCUUGCGGCUGAAUGGGGUAGAUAUGGCAUGAGAUUCAAUGUGAUUCAACCAGGUCCAAUAAAAACAAAGGGUGCUUUUAGUCGCCUUGACCCAACAGGUGCAUUUGAGAAGAAGAUGAUUGAGAGGAUUCCCUGUGGUCGUCUGGGAACUGUAGAAGAAAUUGCAAAUCUUGCUGCCUAUUUCUGCAGUGACUAUGCAAGCUGGGUUAAUGGAGCAGUUAUCAGAAUGGAUGGUGGAGAAUUUGUUUCCAUGGCAGGAGAAUUCAAUGAUUUGAAGAGGGUUACCAAAGAGCAGUGGGAUAUGAUGGAAGCAAUGAUUAGAAAAACAAAAGGCUCUUAAAACAUACAAGCAUGUACAUGGUUUUAUGUGCUUUGAGACUGAUACGGUGAUUUAAGAGUCAGGACAAUAGAAUCAAUUUAAGGAUGUCUUCCUUCAGGUGCUGGUGGCAUUGUGUGUUUUCCCACACAAUCCAGGACAUACUUAACAUAUGCCAACAUCUGGCUUUGAAGUCACUUGAUUGCCUUACUACAAAUCUGAAGCAAGCUGUGUUCUGCUGAAAGUGUGGACUUCAUUAGUGCAGGCUCCCAUGUGCCUUUCUCCUGUGAGUGACCACUUGCCACUGACUGUAAAACAAAUCAACUGAGUUUAUCAUGGCAGCCUUUAGGGUGUUCUUGAGCAUAAUAUAACGAUUUUUUAUGGUAACUUGGGUUUUAUAGGUGUGUUGUCAAGAUCAGAUUCUGACAUGAGAGAUCUUUUCCCCAAAAAGUGAUAUUGAGAAGUUAGGCCCAUAUAUACUGUUUUCUGCUCAUCAUCCUUUGCAUAUAAUUAUAUUGCCUCCUUGUAUGGGACACACUUGCAUAUAAGACUUUGAGUUUUGAAAAAAGUGCUUCAGAAAAAAAUUCAAAUGUAUGUUUGUGAGAUGUGGUAACACCAAGUAUUUGUUUGGAGUGUCUAGUAGGUUAUCCUCUGGUGACAGGCUGUCAAUAAAAUAUGUUCUUAUUGCUCUCUUG